CGGAAGUCAGGUAGAUGUGCCGUCUCCCAGCUGCCUGCCAGGACUCCAGGACGCAGCAUGCAGGGCGAGGAGAGCCUCCAGAUCCUGGUGGGAACAGAAGAGGACAGCUUCCCGCUGGCGGAGAUCCAUGCUUGCGAGGUGGGUGUCGAGCCCGAGGCCUCUGAGCAGUGGGACUAUGUCCUCGUGGCCGACCGGCGCACGGAGAGAAUCCCCAAGAAGAUGCUCCGGCAGCAGCAGUUCCUGGGGGAGCUCAGGAGAAAGGGCUUCCAUUUCAAGGUGAAAAAAGACCAGAAACGGGUGUUCUUUGGGAUCCGCGCCGACGACAGCAUCUUUGACCUGUACCGCACCCUCCUCCUGGAGCCCGAGGGCCCUGGGUCCACAGUGAAGACGCCGACCCCCGUCCCAGCCACCACCAGAAUCCGAAUCCUGAACUUCAUCCUGAAAAAGACAACGGCAGCUGGCGAGACAUUCGAGAAUUUGGUGAAGGAUGAAGUGUUUGAGACCAAGUUCCCCCUGCACAAGGGGGAGGCAGAGCUGGAGAAGACGUGGGCCCAGUGGAGGAAAAUGGGCCACAAGCAGCCCAUCGACCAGAUCAGGGACUACUUCGGUGAGAAGGUGGCGCUCUACUUCGCCUGGCUCGGCUGGUACACCUACAUGCUGGUGCCCGCAGCCCUGGUGGGCCUCGGCAUCUUUCUGAUCGGGUUCCCUCUGUUCGAGUCCAGCCAGAUCAGCAAGGAGAUCUGUGAGGCCCACACCAUCCUUCUGUGUCCCCUCGGCGACCACGGCCGCAGGUUCCAGCGGCUCUCGGACACCUGCACCUUUGCCAAGCUCACACACCUCUUCGACAACGACUGGACUGUGCUGUUUGCCAUCUUCAUGGCUCUGUGGGCCACCGUGUUCCUGGAGCUCUGGAAGCGGAAGCGAGCCCGCGUGGUGCUGCACUGGGACCUGUACGGGUGGGACGAGGACCAGGAGGAAAUGGCGCUCCAGCUCAUCAACUGCCCCGACUACAAGCUCCAGCUGCACCGCCACUCCUACCUGCGCAGCGGCAUCAUCCUCGCCCUGUCUCUGCUCAUGAUCUGCUUCCUGAUCGGCAUGGCCCACGCCCUGGUGGUCUACCGCGUGCUGGCCGCUGCCCUCUUCAGCAGCUCGGCCUUGCCUUUCCUGGAGGAGCAGGUGACCACGGCCAUGGUGGUGACCGGGGCCGUGGUGCACUAUGUGACCAUCGUCAUCAUGACCAAGGUCAACAAAUGGGUGGCCCUGAAGCUUUGUGACUUUGAGAAGCCCAGGACCUUCUCGGAGCGGGAGAGGAAGUUCACGGUCUGGUUCUUCACCCUGCAGUUCUUUGCACACUUCUCCUCCCUCAUAUACAUCGCCUUCAUCUUGGGCAGGAUCAACGGCCACCCCGGGAAGUCCACGCGCCUGGCGGGGCUGUGGAAGCUGGAGGAGUGCCACCUCAGCGGCUGCAUGACGGACCUGUUCCUGCAGAUGGCCAUCAUCAUGGGGCUCAAGCAGACGCUCAGCAACUGCGUGGAGUACCUGAGCCCGUGGCUGGCCCACCGCUGCCGCUCCAGGUCCGCCUUGGCGCCCCGGGACCCCGAGCUCAGCGACUGGCAGCGCAACUACCGCCUGAACCCGGUCAAUCCCUUCAGCCUGUUCGACGAGUUCAUGGAGAUGAUGAUCCAGUACGGCUUCACCACCAUCUUCGUGGCCGCCUUCCCGCUGGCCCCGCUGCUGGCGCUGUUCAGCAACCUCGUGGAGAUCCGCCUAGACGCCAUCAAGAUGGUGCGGCUGCAGCGGCGGCUGGUGCCCCGCAAGGCCAAGGACAUCGGGACCUGGCUGCAGGUUCUGGAGACCAUCGGUGUGCUAGCAGUCAUCGCCAACGGGAUGGUCAUUGCUUUCACGUCUGAGUUCAUCCCGCGAGUGGUCUACAAGUACCGCUAUGGCCCAUGCCGACAGGGGGCUCACCCUGCCGUUGACUGCCUCACAGGCUACGUCAACCACAGCCUGUCCAUCUUCUACACCAAGGACUUCCAGGAUCCCGUUGGGAUAGAGGGCUUGGAAAACGUGACUGAGUGCAGGUACAGGGACUACCGCAAUGCCCAUGACUACAACUUCUCGGAGCAGUUCUGGUUCCUCCUGGCUAUCCGCCUGGCCUUUGUCAUCCUCUUCGAGCACGUGGCCUUGUGCAGCAAGCUCAUUGCCGCCUGGUUCAUGCCCGACGUCCCUCAGUUGGUGAAGAACAAGGUUCUGGAGGAGAAGUACCGGAGACUCAGGGAGAAGAUGUGGAAAAGCUGGACGGGGGCUGGCCCGGCCUCCUCCUCCCGCACCAGCAUCAGGAGCACAGAAGUGUAGGGGUCCAGGCGCGUGAGCCACUGGGAGCUGAGACUAGAGUCGCUGCAGCCUCCCAUCCCUGCCCAACGCUGAGUGCGUGUGUUGAGGGGUGUCGCAGGAAGGCCCUUGUGUCUGAGGGGCCACUGGAGGUCCGUAUGUGUUCGGGGCCUCUGCACAGCGGGCCUGUUCCUUCUGAGGGCUCCUGGGGGCCCAGCACCCACAGAACUGACGGGGCUUCCCAUGCCAUCACAGUGCAGAAAAGCGGGCCCCAGUUUCCUGGGCCUCCCUCUGACUUCUGAGCGCCAGGCCCUGCCCCGCCCCCAUGCUGGCUGGGGGAAGGCUGAGCCCACCUCUUUGGCUGUCUCUGCAUAGGCCUGGCUCCCGGCAGCCAGAAUUUUCUGUAAUAAAAUCAAACCUGUUUGUGUUGU